AUGUCAGAGGAAGAAGAUUCUUUCCUCAAUGUUAAAAGACCUCUGAAAAAGAGAAUGGUGAAACACAGUACUCCAGUGGACUCAAUGCUUUCAAGAACCAUGCCAUCUCUUCUAGAUCUGACAAAUCAAUCAAUCAAAGCUCAAGAUGCCAGCAAGACAGUUUAUGGCUCUCCAAUGCCAAAAUCAAAUCAAAGUAGAUCAGUAGCUCAGGUAUCAUUAGCACGUGUUGAAGCUUACUUCCCUCAUAUGUCUCCAAAGCCGCUUUCAACAGUGUCAGAUUUGCAAGAAUUAAACAAAGAGAAGAGCCCAACCUCUCGGGUUGUAUUUUCACGAAGGAGGCUUUCCACAGUGUUGGCCUCUGAUGAAUCAUAUGAAGAGCCAAGUGAGAAGGUGGUCCCAAAUGUGGAAAGCAAAGCUUCAUCAAAGUUAUCUGAGGAAGAUGAAGGAACUCUCGAGAGUGGACCUUCAUGGCUUGUUACUGGAAUACCAGGCAUAAAAGAUCUCCCAGCAGCAAAAACCAGAAAGAAGAAAAUUGAUAAAGCCCUUGUGCAAAGGAGAGAAAGAGAAUGGCUGCUUCGCCAACUUAAGAAUGUUCAGGAAGCAACUGAACACGAACUGACAAUUGAAGAAGCUUGA